ACGUGCCCGAAUGUUAUGCGCAGUCGGACCCUGACGGAGGGAGGUUAGAGAAGUUGAACUGAACGAAAAUGGUUCACUUUACCCUCAAAUAUAUCUUUUACCCAUUAGUCUAUCUCAUUUAAAACUGUGUGGACGUGUUGUACCAUAUCUCAAAGACUGCCAGAUGUCGAAAGUUUGUAUGGCGGCUGUGAAUGAUAACGACAGAACCUACACUCUUAGUAGGCUACAAGAAAGGUUCCCAGAGAUUCCGGAAGGUGUUAUCUCCAAAAUACUCGCUCAAUAUGCAAAUAACAUGGAAAAGUGUCUUACGAUUUUAAGCCAAGAAAGUGAUAAAUAUCUUUAUGGCGAGAGUAUGGAUAGUCCUGGGUCUAAGAAUUCAAAUUCAAUUAUGGAGCCUCUUCGUAUAAAUAUACCUUCAAAUGACACAGACCUUUCUAGAGAAAUGGACUCUUUUGCUAUAUUACCACAAACUACAAAGACAGUAGCAGUUCCAUCAUCUAGUGGAACAACCAUUUUUUCUAACCUUUCAAGGGAGCGUCAUCAUUCUGUCGAUGACUAUAAUGAUUAUAAUCGAAAAGUCAUACAACAUCAAAAACAAAGAUUAGAUCGACUAAGAUUAGAAUAUGAAGCUGAAAAAAUAAAAUUAUCAAGACUACACAAGUUCGUGAAAGAUAAAGAGGAAGAACUUAUAAAUAAGAAAUACCGAGUAGCUAGUAAUCCUUCGAAAACACAUGUUGAUCAUUUGCUAGAGGAAACACAAGUAUUACGAACAGAAAUAGACAACAUGACUCAAGUAAUAGAUAAUAUAAAUAAUGGUGCGAGUCUACUAGGCUUUGUAACAACCAGUCAAUCCAAUGCAGAAAAUAUCUCAUCAACCCCUCACCAACAUCCAGUACCACCACCCGUACAAAAAAGUGCUAGUUUUCCUCGAACCACGGGUCAAUAUUUUGGUCCUGGUGUAUGGAAAUAUAAAUCUCAUCCUCCAGUAGAAGGAGUACAUACCCCUCGCCCCCCAUGGCUACCACCUAUGGGUGAACGUCCCAAAACUCAAAGUCCAGUUCAUGACCCAAGUAUGGACGAAUGGAUAUUACUGCCAAAAGAAUUAAUAUCUGCACCCAUUCCUACCACGACAAUAGAACCAACACCCCCUCCCCCACCAGAAGAUACAGAGCAAACAUGGCAAUGUAAACACUGUACCUUGGAGAACCACGGGGCAUUGAACUCCUGCGAAGCCUGUGAAAGAUCACGAAACUGACACAACCUCAUACGUGAUAAGUCGAUACAUAAACUCGUCCCAACCCCUCUCUGAUAAAUAGCCGAAGGGGUUGAUGGGGAGAUUCAGGGUUGAUACUAUAAUAUAAUGUACAAAGUUUUAUAUGCUAUCCGGAAAUGCUACCGUUACUUCCAUUGCACGUCCGGUGAGGCUGUUACAGUUGAAGUUAUCAGUUAGUGUAAAAUGUCCUUAUUUGGCCAUUCGUGUUGGAUCCAUAAUCCUUAGCGACACGGUGCCUGUCGUUUAUAACUAUCACUCUAUCGAAUAGAAAUAUUUGUGUUAAAAUUAGGUUAAGUUAUUCAUCAAAACUUGAGGAUAUUUUUUUAUCGUUAUUGGCCGGAAUUAAUUGGGUUUUUUUUCCUCGGAAUAAGUUCUUUACGGCACAAGCAUUGCCGCAAAUCCGUGCUUUCUAGAAAAAUGAACCAUAAAAAAGAACGAAAAAUGUCAAGAACAAACUUUUAAAAAAUACUUGUUCGACGUGGUUGUUUUUUUAUUUUAUUAAUUCAGGGAUGAGGUGAUAAAUAACCUGUGAGUUCCUGUGAUUGGCCUUUGGAAAUAAUAACAAUAACCCAUAACUGCACAUCAAUAAAUGCACGAUAAAUACUGUAAUAUUAGGCAUACCGUGUUGGCAUUGCAGUGCACUGUAGGAUUGUGUUAGGGGACGCAAUAGACGCCGUCCUGGAAAUCCUCUUCUUUCGCAUACAAUCGAAGGACGUUUCAUUUAGGGACAGUGUUUUGAUUGGUUAUCCUCGAGGCGCAAAACAUUAUUGGGCAUGCGAAAGUAGAGAAUAUGCCUCCUAAAUAAACGACCGCAAUGCACAGAAAUGCCAACUAGACUCGGUGUUUUCCUCAACAUUGAAUUGGCUUUCCGUAAGAAAGCUUUUUUUCAUGAGUGGGCUCACUGUGGUAUUGACUUUUAAAGUAGACCAACACUAGAGCAGUUGUCAAAUGAGUGUGAAAAGCUCAGUGCCGUGCCGUGACCGUGAUGUUUUCUAGAAUUUUAAUUGGCUGAUUUUUUCUCGCGUUAUUUGAUUGGUCUGGGCAGUGCAUUGACCUCGGCGUGGGCUUGUUCAUGCCGUGUUCCGGGCAUUUGAUUGGAUGGAGAAUAAAUUCUUGAGUAAGGUGAUUGGUCUGGCGUAAGCCUUGCCGUGUUGCGACCGUGUUCGUGCCGUGAGCUUUUCACAGUCAUACGAAAACUGCUCUAUGGCAGCUGUGACGUGACAAAUCCGAUUCUGACUCAUUUUUUUUCCAGAUAUAAGAGAAUCUAGUCACUCUCUCUCCCUCUCUCUCUUUCUCUCUCUUUCUCUCUCUCUCUCUCUCUCUCGUGCAGCGUAAGAAAUUUCUUGGUCUAAAUUCAAGGGUUGAUCGUAAAUAUUUCACUGUAUUAAAAAUAUUCUGUAAGAGUCAUAUCCUUGCAUUCUGUGGUCGAUUUUCACGUGCGUAUUUCUUUCUCGUCUGCAACAGUUCAUGUUACGAUAACUUUCAAAUUUCUCGCGUUGCUGAUUGGUUAUUUUUUAUCAUCAAUAAGAGGACAGACAGAUAUAGCUGACUUCAACGAGCGCGCACUCUUUCCGUUGGUUGUUUUGUUUCUAAUAAUGAGAAGUUUUUAUCGUUUUUGUUAUUGUGAAAAACAAGUUUACUUCAUUUUUUAUGUCUUCCCUCUUAUUGACGAUAAUAAUCACAUUGUUAAACUAGUGUGAAUCCAUACGCCUCUUGGCAAUACGAUGACGCAAUUUAUCGUCAAUAAAAUGGACAGGCACAACAAA